UAGGUCCUUUUGGCUUUCACAAUAUAGAGUGUGGAGUCAGGGUUUCUAUUCAGAGAGCGCUGUGAUUAACCAUUGAGCUAUAAAAGCAGGACCUGCACGUACUGUCGAACAAUUGAACAUUUGGAAUUACAGAACGCAGCUAUGACCAUGGGCAGGAUUAUCUUCUACGAGGACAGGAACUUUCAGGGACGUUCCUAUGAGACCAGCAGUGACUGCCCUGAGCUGACCUCCUACUUGAGCCGCUGCAACUCCUGCAGGGUGGAGAGCGGCUGCUUCAUGGUCUAUGAGAGGCCCAACUUCAUGGGCCAUCAGAUGCUGGCCCGUAGAGGAGAGUAUCCUGACAACCAGCGGCUGAUGGGAAUGACCAUGAGUGACUGCAUCCGCUCCUGCAGGAUGAUCCCAAUGUAUCGUGGCUCCUUUAGAAUGAGGGUCUAUGAGCGAGAGAAUUUCGGUGGCCAGAUGCACGAGAUCCUGGAGGACUGUGACUCCUUCUCUGACCGUUACCGCAUGUCCGAUAUCCAGUCCUGCAACGUGAUGGACGGCCACUGGCUGAUGUACGAGCAGCCUAACUAUAGAGGCAGGAUGGUGUACCUGAGGCCUGGAGAAUACAGGAGCUACAGGGAUAUGGGCAUUAACUCCAUGAUGAGGUUCGGCUCCAUGAGACGCAUCAUGGACUCCUGUUAGCUGAAUUUAAAACUGCUUUAAAUAAAAUAAAAUACAAUUCUUUUCAAAUAA